UGGUUUGCCCUGCUGCAACUCCCUUUUACCCCACCAGAGCUGAUUCAGCACAGUUGCUGCUUUGGCUUUAGUAGUUGGCUCCUUGUCUUGGGGGUUCUGUCAAAUGUCCUUGUGCCCAUAAGUUCUGCAUUCUUUGUGUCCACCAUCAGUGGUACUUUCUUCUGCCCAAGCCUUGCUAAGCUCCCCUAGGUCGGAGAUAACUCUUGCCUGUCAAGCCCGACACCUUCAAAAGGCAAUUCAGCCAAGAAGUAAUUUGCCUUUCCAACACCUGGCCAUCACUUAGAGCUUGUUGGCUACUUUCUGUUUCAUGGAAAUAAUCUCCCUUCUUGUUGAUGAGCCUUGGAAGCCAUAAAGGCCAAAGAGCAAAGAACACCUUUUCCUAACAUCAAGUUUACAUUUCCCAGAUUUUUCAACAGAAGCAGUGGCUGUGUGGGAGCGGGAGCAGCCAAGGCAGAGCCGGAUGGCCGAGCAGAGAGCCUGGGCACGAUCCACCAUGUUCCACAGGGCUCUAAUCCACACUGCGCCCCGCAGGGCCCCCAGCACCACUGCCAUGCCCGUCAGGGUGACCCAGAGGUCCCAGGACCAACAGCCAAAUACCAGAGAGGCGUCACACACUGGAAGUGCGCAGGUUGUCAAAUUGUCUAACCCACUUGGAGAUGUCAAAAGAGCUGAACCGAGCACUUCAUGUCCUGAACCAGAGGGAAAAAAAGCAAAGCCCAUGAAGCCUGCAGACAGUGAACAAAAUCCUUGCACUGCUGUUUAUCACCGACCCUACAAGGACAGGGUGAUUCACUUACUUGCUCUGAGGGCUUACAAGAAGCCAGAGUUACUCGCUCGCUUGCAGAGAGAUGGAAUCAAGCAAAAGGACAAGGGUACCCUUGGAAAGAUCCUCCAUCAGGUAGCCAACCUGAAUCUAAAGGAUAAUUCCUACAAUCUGAAGGAAUAUCUGUUGGAAAGCAUUCAGAACAAUUGGCCUGGCUAUACUGAUGUAGACAGAGAGAAUUUGAAGUUGAUACUUUCCAGAAAAACAGCUCCAUCUCAGAACACAAGCAGCACCAGCCAAGAGCCAUCUCUGGAAGCUUCUAAGAGAGAUGCUUCAGCAAGGCCUGCUCAGAAACGGCCUCUGGCUUCUGACUUUAGCGGUCCUGUGAUGAGCAAGAAGCGGAGAAUUGCUCGCCAGCUCAGUUACAACCAGCCAGCAGCUGAUGGCCACUUCUCUUCCUUGCUGCUGCCUUCCACAUCCACUUCCACUUUGAACAUGUCUCCAAGUGUUGGCUCCGUUUCCCCCUGCACCUGUGAGGUGCAAGAACAAGACAAAUUUCAGAGUUCUAGCAUCCCAGAGCCUUCUGGGGUGCAGGAGGAGAUCCCCAGUUCUAAUGGAAAGAAAAACCAACUGGGGAGGCUGAAGCAGUUGUGUCCCUCAGAAUUCGAUGAAGGCGAAACAAAAGAUACUUCCAUUGCCUCUACAUGCUCUGCAACAGCCAACCAACCAGACUACUUGAGAAAAUACGUAGCCAUAGUCUCCUUGGACCAAUGCCAGCGCUACAAGGAUGACUUCAGUGCAGAGUAUGAGGAAUACCAAAAUUUAUAUACUCGGAUUGACAAGAUCAGAGAGCACUUCACACAGCUUCAGGAACAAUGGAAGUCUGUGACCGCAGGCUCUGAAGCCCAUCAGAUGCUGCUUCAUCGAAUCCUAGCAGAUUAUCAGCAGAUACAACAGGGUAGCCCCAGCUACUUUGAAAUGAAGAACAGGUGCCUGUACCUCCACAACAAGCUGUCACAUAUUCAGAGCCUCAUAUCUGAAUUUGACAAGCAUUAAGUGGAGUCCUGGCACCAGGCAACUGCUUCAGCCAGAAAUAUCUAUGAACUCUGGAUUUUUUAUUUCAACUAGAAGAUUAGGUUUUUAGGCUUAUUUACAUUAGUGUUGAACAGUAGGUUCUGUUAGCAAUAAAGAGUAGGUUAAUUCCAAAAAAUAUAGGAUUAGU